GCUGGAGCCAUUCCCUUCUCCGAGGCGGGAGCCGGAACCGGAGCGGGAGCCAGAGGAGAGCUGGGCAAGUAGCUGAGCAGAGGAGGAGGCGGCGGCGGCGGGGGGCCUCAUCUCUCCUCCUCCCACAGCAAGAAGGGCAGAGCUGGGCUUUUCUCCUCGCCAGCGCAGGCUCCCCAAAGCAGCCGUCCCUGUAAGCCACCAUGGCCGGGAAGAGACAAGCCAAGCGACAGCCCCUCCUGCUCCUGCUGUUCAUCGGUGCUGCCUUCGUCCACCUGGCCGCCUGCCCCUACGCCAAGGUGGAGGAGAGCUUCAACCUGCAGGCCAUCCAUGACCUCCUGUACCACCGUUGGGACCUGGACAAGUACGAUCAUCACGACUUCCCUGGGGUCGUCCCAAGAACGUUUCUUGGACCAAUCUUAAUUGCAGCCUUUUCCAGCCCUGCAAUCUACGUGCUUUCCGUGCUGGAAAUGUCCAAAUUUUAUUCUCAGCUGAUAGUGCGAGGGACCCUCGGGCUCGGCGUCAUCCUUGGGCUCUGGAAGCUGCAGAAGGAGGUGCGGCGACAGCUGGGGGCCACCGUGGCCACCGUCUUCUGCCUCAUCACGGCCAGCCAGUUCCACCUGAUGUUCUACUGCACGCGCACCCUGCCCAACGUGCUGGCCAUGCCCGUGGUGCUGCUGGCCCUGACGGCCUGGCUGCAGCAGCGGCGGGCGCGCUUCAUCUGGCUCUCUGCCUUCGCCAUCAUCGUGUUCCGGGCCGAGCUGUGCCUCUUCCUGGGCCUCCUGCUGCUGCUCAGCCUGCUCAGUCGGAAGGUGUCCCUCACCAAGGUGCUGGGCCACGCCAUCCCCGCCGGGGCCGUGUGCCUGGGCCUCACGGUGGCCGUAGACUCCGUGUUCUGGAGGCGCGUCCUGUGGCCGGAGGGCCAAGUGCUCUGGUAUAACACCGUGCUGAACCGGAGCUCCGCCUGGGGCACGGCGCCAUUCCUGUGGUACUUCUACUCGGCCCUGCCGCGGGCGCUGGGCUGCAGCCUCCUCUUCAUCCCUCUGGGCGUGGGGGACCGCCGGACGCGGCUGCUGCUGGUGCCCGCGCUGGGCUUCGUCUUCCUGUACUCGUUCCUCCCCCACAAGGAGCUGCGCUUCGUCAUGUACGCCUUCCCCGUCCUGAACAUCGUGGCCGCCAAGGGCUGCUCCCGCAUGCUCAACAACUACAAGAAGUCGUGGCUCUACAAGCUCGGCUCCCUGCUGGUCGUGGCGCACCUCGUGCUGAACGCCGCCUACUCGGCCACGUCACUCUACGUGUCCCACUUCAACUACCCCGGCGGGGUGGCCAUCCAGAAGCUGCACGAGCUGGUGCCCCCCAAGACAGACGUGCUGCUCCACAUCGACGUUGCCGCCGCACAGACGGGCGUCUCGCGAUUUCUAGAGGUCAACAAAGACUGGACGUACGACAAGAAGGAGGGCCUGCAGCCCGGCGCGGGGCCCAUCAUGGCCUACACGCACCUGCUCCUGGAGAUGGACCCGCUGCAGCUGUCGCACUACAAGCACACCCACCGCGUGCUGGCCAACAUCGCGGGCACGGCGGGCGUCCGGCUCAACCUCACCAAAGUGCCUCCCUUUGACCUGAACUUGAAACCCAAGUUGGUGCUUCUGGAGAGGCUGCUGAGGCCCUCGUGAGAGGGGCCGGAGCGUCGGGCCGCCGACCCGGGACGCCGCGUCGAGGCCGGCUUUUCAGUGAGGCGCGGACGGCGCGGCCGACGG